CGCUUCCUCUCUGUUGAGAAGAAAAUUAAAAUAUAAAGAAGUGAUUAAAUUUUGAAAUCUCAGAGGAAGGGUCUUCUUCUCAAUCCGAUUUGAUGUCUUUGGUGCAUCUGCUUUUGUUCGCGGGCCUUGUAAUCGCCGCGUCUGCUUCCCCGGGCUCGCGCUUGAUUCUCCGGGAAAUCGCCGAUCAAAAAGACAAAGCUGUUGAAUUGAACACUACCAACUUCGAUUCAGUUCUUAAAGACACCCCCGCCAAGUAUGCCGUCGUCGAAUUCUUCGCUCACUGGUGUCCUGCCUGUAGAAACUACAAGCCUCAUUACGAAAAGGUCGCAAGGCUCUUCAAUGGACCAGACGCCAUACAUCCUGGAAUCGUUUUGAUGACGAGAGUUGAUUGUGCGAUGAAGACGAAUACUAAGCUCUGUGACAAGUUCUCUGUUUCUCAUUAUCCAAUGCUCUUUUGGGGUCCUCCUACUAAGUUUGUCUCUGCCAGUUGGGAACCUAGAAAGGAUAAAAGCGACAUACUUGUUAUCGAUGACGGCCGCACUGCUGAGCGUUUGCUCAACUGGAUUAACAAGCAGAUAGACAGUUCUUAUGGCUUGGAUGAUCAGAAAUUCGAAAACGAACAAGCCCUGUCAAAUAUAACCAACUACAACCAGAUUUCCCAGGCUGUGUAUGACGUCGAGGAAGCAACCGCAGAAGCUUUUGAUAUCAUUUUAGUACAUAAGGCCAUUAAGUCAUCAGAAACAAGUGCUUCAUUUAUAAGAUUUAUCCAGCUUCUAGCAGCACGUCAUCUUUCCAGGAGGUGUCGGAAAGGAGCUGCAGAAAUUCUAGUGAACUAUGAUGAUUUAUGCCCUUCUGGAAAUUGCUCUUACGAAAAAACUGGAGAGAAGAAUACCCUGGGAAAUUUCCCUAUUUGUGGAAAGGAUGUUCCACGUGGAUACUACAUGUUUUGCCGUGGCAGCAAGAACGAUACUCGUGGAUUCAGCUGUGGAUUAUGGAUUCUGAUGCAUUCGCUUUCCGUGAGGAUUGAAGAUGGAGAAAGUCAUUUUGCCUUCACGGCAAUAUGCGAUUUCGUCAACAAUUUCUUCAUGUGUGAUGAAUGCCGCAUGCAUUUCAACGACAUGUGUUCAAGUGUCAAAACCCCUUUCAAAAAGGCACGUGAUUUUGUCUUGUGGGUGUGGAGCACACACAAUAAGGUCAACGAGAGGCUCAUGAAGGACGAAGCUUCUCUUAGUUCAGGUGACCCCAAGUUCCCGAAGAUCAUAUGGCCACCAAAGGAGCUUUGCCCAUUGUGCUAUCUCUCAAGUAACCAGAAAAGCAUAGAUUGGGACCUUGACCAUGUCUACAAGUUCUUGAAGAACUACUAUGGGCCUAAGCUUGUCUCCCUUUACAAGGAAAAGAGUGUCCUCGAGAGCAAGGAAGAGACUGUUCCAGAAACUGAAGACUUGACAGUAGCCACUAACGCUCUGGUUGUGCCGAUUGGAGCUGCAUUGGCAAUAGCUAUCGCCAGCUGUGCAUUUGGGGCGCUUGCAUGUUACUGGAGGACGCAGCAGAAGAACCGCAAGUCGAGGAGAAGCUGGAAGUAAACUUCCAGAAGGUCUUGAUGUUUUCAUAACUUACGGACAACAAACACGAGGGCUCUUGUUUGGAGUUAGGAUCCCAAAGUUCCUUGCUGCAGGUCCUUUCCUUGUAACUUUUGUCUCUGAUUUUGAAAGAUAGUCCAGAUUCUUCUCUUGAAAUUUGGGAUACAAACACAGAGAGACACUUGUGAAUGUUGGGAUCUUUUAUAGGAAUCUUUAUAGUGGUUUAUAAUUUUGUAUCGGACCAUAUGGUUAGGGUUGUUUGUGUAAGAAUUCGAGAUGAGUCUUUGGCUAUCUGCAUUGCUGAUCUGGGAAAAACACUUGAGAAGAUAGCUUUGCAAAUGAGAUACUUUUCUUUUCUUUUUUCAAUCUGUUAAACCAAUCCAACAUUUUACAUGUAUAAGCAGAAAUUAUAUUUACAGUGA